GAGCAGCCCGUCAACGAGGAGCAGGCGUGGGCCGUCUGCUUCCAGUGCUGCCGCGGGCUGCUCCAGCCCGACCCGCCGGCCGCCGAGGAAGGGCGGCGGCGCGGCUGGGGACCGGCCGGACGCCUCCGCGACACCGCCGAUCUCCGCCUGCACAAGGACGGCGCCGUCUCCGCCCGCGGCGAGUUCGGCGAGGCCGAGCUUCCACUGACCUUGGCCCCUGCAGCAGAAGCCCAGAUGGUGCAGUCCCUGGGCUUUGUCAUCUACCGAGCCCUCGACUGGGGCCUGGAGGAGAACGAGGAACGUGAGCUCAGCCCUGAACUGGAGCGGCUGAUCGACCUGAUGACCAACAGGGACUCUGAGGACGGCGGCAAUGGCGGCAGCAGCACCGCAGACGAAGGCUACAGUGGGCAGGAGGAAGAGGAGGAGGCGGUGGCCAAGGGGACCCUGAGCGCCGUCCGCACGUUCAGCCAAGUGAUGCGGCUCUGUGCUGCCCGCCUCUCCCAGCCACAGGAGGCUCACGCCCACUACCAGGCGGUGUGCCGGGCACUGUUCCUCGAGACGGUGGAGCUGAAGGCUUUUCUGGCCAAGAUCCGAGACACCAAGGAAAUGCUGGUCAAGCUGAAGGAUGAGGAGCUGAGGGACCGAUCGGCAGCAGAGCUGGACAACCUGAAGAACACGGACUGGGCUCGGCUCUGGGUCCAGCUCAUGCGAGAACUGCGGAACGGCGUGAAGCUGAAGAAGGUCCAGCAGAAACAGUUUGACCCUUUGCCCACCGAAUAUCAGCUGACGCCCUUUGAGAUGCUGAUGCAGGACAUCCGAGCCCGCAACUAUAAGCUCCGCAAGGUCAUGGUGGACGGAGACAUCCUGCCCAGGGUGAAGAAGGACGCCCACGAACUCAUUUUGGAUUUCAUAAGAUCCCGUCCGCCUCUGAGACAGGCCUCAGAGCGCAGGCUGCGCCCCCCGCCCCAGCAGCUGAGGAGCCUCCAUGAGAAGAUCUUGGAGGAGAUCAAGCAGGAACGGAAGCUCCGGCCGGUGGAAUUGCAGCACCAGGACCAGAGAGGGUUUGGUUCCUUGCCCUGCCUGGUGAAUGCCUGCUCCGGCGACAUGAAAUCGACCUCUUGCAUCAACCUCUCCGUUUCAGAGUCCGGUGCCCCACCUCCGCGCCAGAGGCCCAGGGUCCUGCUGAAGGCACCCACGCUGGCAGAGAUGGAGGAGAUGUUUGUUUCGGAAGAAGACGACUCUCCCUGCUCGGAGGCGGCUCAGCAGCCGGGCCCCCUGAUGCCCCUGAAGCGGGACCGCUCUUUCUCCGAACAAGACUUGGCCCAUUUUCGGGAUGAAAGGGAGAGCAGCGAGCCUCACCUGGAGUACUUACGGUCCAACCUGUCGGACUCGAGGCCUCGCUCAGGUUCGGUUCCGGCUCGCUACCACCCUCGGGUCGGUUCCUGCCCCCGUAAACAAGACAUCCUCGGUUCUGUGGAAGAGAAUUUGGAGGCUAGCUCUGUUCCGAUCACAGACGCCAGUUUGAAGUAUUUGUGGCUGCAGGAGUUCAGCCACCCCGUAGAAAGCCUGGCGCUGACGGUGGAGGAAAUGAUCAACGUGCGCCGAGUGCUGGUGAAGGCAGAGAUGGAGAAGUUUCUUCAGAGCAAGGAGCUCUACGCCAGCCUGAAGAAAGGGAAGAGCUGCUGCUGCUGCCGAACCAAGUUUGCGCUCUUCUCCUGGCCCCCAACCUGCCUCUUCUGCAAGAGGUCUGUCUGCGGUUCCUGCAGCCUGAAGAUCAAGAUGCCCUCGAAGAAGCUCGCCCACAUCCCUGUCUACGCCCUGGGCUUCGAGACGCUGCACGGCUCUCUGGGGGCCAAGGCCCCCCCAGCCCGCCGGCAGGAGACUUUCCUCUCCCUGCAGGGCACCCACUGGCGCAGCGUGGAGGAAGAGUUCCCCUGCAUCUAUGCCCACGGGUCGGUGCUCAAGGACGUUUGCCGCGACUGCUCUGGCUUCGUCACAGAUGUUGUCAGCUCCAGCCGCAAAAGCAUGGACAUUCUCAACACCAAGCCGGGCAGGAGCCGCAAAACCCAGUCCCUGUACAUCUCGUCCAGCUAGAGGUGCCUGAGACGUCCCCUCAACGCUCCCCCCUCUCCAGCUCCGGCAUCCAACCUUCGAAGGCCAGGCAGCCACGACUCUCUGGCAGAGGAAAUGCAACCCUGGAGGGUCUGCUGGCUCCCACCUUCCUUAUCCAGCCCAACCCAUUUUCCAAGGACAUCUGCCUGCUGCUUAUGUACACACACACACACACACGCACGCACGGCCUUGUAGAUACUCUCUAUUUAUACAGCAGAGAAGUUGCUUUAGCUGGCCAGCAUGGCAACCGCCUUCGUUGGCAAACGAGAACUUUGCUGAAACCACCCUAGCCUGCAGGUCAGCAAGAGGGAGCCUGGGCACCAGGGGUCCAGCUGCGCCGGUGGGCAGUAGGGCCGCCUGCCAGGCAAGGCCAGCUUCUUCCCUGCUGCUUUCCCCACAGGGCCUCCUUGGGAGACGCUCUGCACCCCUCGCUGAUGCCGCUGAAGGAAAGGUCCGUCCAGCCUUGGGCUUUCUUGCCAAGUGGGCUCUCUCACAGCCAGGUGUGCCUGCUGCUGAACGCACCUUCCGGAGCUGCCGGCUGCUCCCUCUCUUUUCUGUGGCUCUGGCUUGCCGUCUUUCUCUAGGAACGAGGCGGGGCUCCUGCUGAGACUAUGAAAAAGGGCGAUAUUUUCCUCUCCUCCUCCCUCUACAGAUUCAGGAGUGUGACUUAUUUGUACAGCCAAUAAUAAAAUACCUAAUUUUGCAAUAAUUUAGAGAGAGAGAGAGAGCACCUGUUCCCGGCUGCAUAGGGAGGGAGGACAGCCGACUGCAUGGAGGGUGCCAGGAUCUUUGUGGAGGUGGCGUGGACUGUCCGGGUGUCUGUAUAGGAAGAAGUCCUGGUUCCUGCAUAAAUGGGGCCAUAUUUACACAUUGCACUAAGCUGUGUAAACUCUGUAAACCGCAAACUAAACUGGCCACUUGGGUAGCGGCUUAGCAUGUGGUGGAUACUUUACAGCUUAUUUAACACCCCAACGUGGUUGUCCAGCAUGAACUUGCCGAGAAGGUUGGUUUCUGCCCUCUUUCCACUGACUUGAAAUAAAGACUAGAAGCCUGGAGGGGGCCCCUCUGUCAAAGACCCCUCCCCCUGGGAGUGGAGCCAGUUCCAGUUGGAGCCACCACCUCUGCCAGGCCAAAUCCCAGCAUCUUGGGGAAGGCUGGGCCCAUGCCAGGGAGUGGGGGGUUCUGCAGCGGCUGGAGAAGGAGCAGCCACACUUAGGGCAGCUGCAGGCGGGCCUGCUUAACCUGACUUAGUGGCUCUUUCUGGAAACC